AGAGCCGGGUGGCCGGGCCGGGCCUGCUCUGUGGAUACCGGGCUACCCUGCCCGGGACCGGGCUGCCGGCUCCGUGGGCGCCAAGGGGACAGGGCGGGGCUGACGGGCCCGGCACGCCCCGGGGCCGGCUCCUCUGCGGCGUUGCCAGCACUGGGCCUGUGGCCCUGCCUGAUCCUGCCCCCAGGUUGUUGGGGGAGUCACACAGACACGUCUGCACGGCGAUUGGCAGGCGGCGGAGACAGAGCCGAGCUGAUGCCGGGGCCGGAGCGUGCUGGGAGUGGCCGGGGAGAUGAGUAGGAUUUUCCCAAGCUAGGGAAACCUGGCAGAGGAGGGGCUCCACGCCUUGCUGGAGCGGCUUCCGGUUUGCAACAGUAGUGUUAUUAAACUUUUAUCUGUUUGGUGCUGCCAGGGUUUAUUCCUGAUACCGGCUUACAGAUGAAGAUAGGCAUCUUAUGCCCAGAGAUGGUCCAGAAAAGAGUUCAAGCCGUCACCUGUCUAAUUUUGAUUAAUGAAGAAUGUAAUAGGACUUGCUUCACGUGAUUGUGGAGCCUAGCGUCAGUUAGUGCAUCGAAAGGGCUUAGCACAAUGCCUGACACCUGAUGGCAGAGUUUCCGUAGCCUAUCUUGAGUCCGUGCCUUACCCACCUUCAGUCUCAGCUCUAUUGGCUAGAAAAGUAAAUGGGAUUUGCACAAAUUCCAAGCCGAACUGAAAUCCUGGCUGCAGUGUUAAUAUCCUUUUCUUCUGGUUGUUACUAAAAGGAAAUUCAAUGUCGUCAGAAGACCUGGAAGCCCAGGAGGAUGAACUACUGGCCCUGGCGAGUAUCUAUGAUGCCGAUGAGUUUAGAAAAGCAGACUCUGUCCAAGGCGGUGAAACCAGGAUCCAUCUGGAUCUGCCACAAAAUUUCAAGAUAUUUGUGAGCGGCAAUUCAAAUGAGUGUCUCCAGAAUAGUGGCUUUGAAUACACCAUUUGCUUUCUGCCACCACUUGUGCUGAACUUUGAACUGCCACCAGAUUAUCCAUCCUCCUCCCCACCUUCAUUCACACUUAGUGGCAAAUGGCUGUCACCAACUCAGCUCUCUGCUCUCUGCAAGCACCUAGACAACCUGUGGGAAGAACACCGAGGCAGUGUGGUGCUCUUUGCCUGGAUGCAGUUUCUUAAGGAGGAGACGCUCACCUACCUGAAUAUUGUCUCUCCUUUUGAGCUCAAAAUGGGGUCUCAGAAAAAAGUUCAGAGAAGGACGACAGCUCAGGCCUCUUCCAGCACAGAGAUAGGCUUUGGAGGAGCUACUGGAUCCGAUGUAGACCAAGAAGAAAUGGUGGAUGAGAGAGCUGUGCAGGAUAUAGAAUCAUUGUCAAGUCUGAUCCAGGAAAUCUUGGACUUCAAUCAAGCUCAGCAGAUGAAGAGCUUCAAUAGUAAAUUGUUCCUGUGCAAUAUCUGUUUCUGCGAGAAGCUGGGGAGUGAGUGCAUGCACUUCUUAGAGUGUAGACAUGUGUACUGCAAAGCCUGUCUGAAGGACUACUUCGAAAUCCAGAUCAAAGAUGGCCAGGUUAAAUGCCUCAAUUGUCCAGAACCAAACUGCUCUUCAGUGGCUACUCCUGGUCAGGUCAAAGAGCUGGUAGAAGCAGACUUGUUUGCCCGUUAUGACCGCCUCCUCCUCCAGUCUACCUUGGAUCUAAUGGCAGAUGUGGUGUACUGCCCCCGUCCAUGCUGCCAGCUCCCUGUGAUGCAGGAGCCUGGCGGUACCAUGGCUAUCUGCUCCAGCUGCAAUUUUGCCUUCUGUACCUUGUGCAGACUGACCUAUCACGGGGUCUCUCCAUGUAAGGUAACUGCAGAGAAAUUAAUAGAGUUACGAAAUGAAUACCUACAAGCAGAUGAAGCUACUAAAAUGUUCUUGGAGCAGAGGUAUGGCAAAAGGGUGAUUCAGAAGGCCCUGGAAGAGAUGGAAAGUAAGGACUGGCUGGAAAAGAACUCCAAGAGCUGCCCCUGCUGCGGGACGCCCAUACAGAAGCUGGAUGGCUGUAACAAGAUGACCUGUACCGGCUGUAUGCAGUACUUCUGCUGGAUCUGCAUGGGCUCUCUCUCCAGAGCCAACCCUUACAAACACUUCAAUGACCCCGAGUCUCCGUGCUUUAACAGACUUUUCCAUGCCGUGGAUGUUAAUGGAGACGUUUGGGAAGAUGAAAUUGAAGACUAGUUCAUUCCUCUGCUAAACACAGAGAGAUGGAAUGGUUUGCCCUAAUCUUCUGUCAAGUACACAGAGAAACCUUGCAAGAUAUUUAGGGUGCCAUGUAUUCACUCUUCCUGUGUAGAAGGAAGAACAGGGUUAUAUUUUUCUUUGGUACUACUGAUUAAGGCACAUAAUUUUUUCCAUGUAACAUAAUUCUGAUAAAAGUGUAUGCCAAAGGUUCAGAAAUGAGAACUAUAAGAGAUUAAAUAUUAUAAUAUGCCCAAACUGUGGAUAGUUAUAAAGUAAAUAUUUUCUUCCCCAAGCUUUAGGUUACAGAGAGGGUCAAGAGUUAAACUUUCAGAUUAUGUCCAAGAAGCCUGACGUUGUUGGAGCUGUCUCAGUACUGUCCCUCUGACAUUGGGCUGAGACUCCGGUCCGUUGCUGUGUUCUGUUCGCUCUUCCCUCAGUUCCCUUUGGGGGAGCCUUCUACUCUGUAACUGACCAGUGUCCCAGUGUCAUUUUGAUCUACUACUUUUCAGAAUAGAAUUUCCAAUAAAUUUUACAGUACUUUUAGUACCACAAGCCCUGUGGGUCACUUAAUAUUUAUGAAUGGUGUAUUGAAUCCACUGAUUUAGAGCCAAAAGCAGAAUGAAGGGUUCUGAUUGAGAGCUCCCCCUCCCGUUCACCUGGGGAGAAAUUCAGAGUCAGGACUAUCUCUGCCCCAAUUUGUUCCCCACUUUCUCCCUUUGCUCUCCUGCCUUCUGUUGACAAGGACAGUUUUAGUGCUGAUUUCAGCAGUGUGUGUUUUUAUUUCCUCUGCUGGAAUAGGAAAGAGCCCAGUUUAUUCCUCAGAUGAAUGUUCUCUGAACCUGUGUACAGACAACGCCAUGGUUCUGGCCCCAGCCUCUGAACACUCGGGUCUUCUCUAAUCACCUAUAGGAACUGGGCUUCCUGCGCUUCCCCUUUAGACACCAGUGUUUGGGAAGAUAAUUAUAGCUUGAUAUUUCUGGGUUUUAUUGGCUUUUUGGAAAACUGUCUUCCUUAUGAUUCGGUAAGUGACUUGGUAGCCACCGGUGGAUGUACUGAAAAGGUCAAUAAUUGACCUGCAUCUUGUGAAUGUGUGCUUUCUACUUUGACACUGAAAAUUAAGAAAUUGCUCAACUGUCAGAACAGACUGAUUCUGGAUUGUCAGUGAGGAUGCUUAAUCUUAAAAUAAAAAUAAUUUAAAAUUCAUU